AUGAAGAUGGUCAGGCAUAGAAAAGUAGUUUCGCUAAAGACAGAUAAGGAUGCAAGCAGUAGUUCUGGCUGCAGCGAAUCUUCUAUCGGUAGUAGAACCUUUAAAUUUCUUUCUGUGUGGAAAACCGGCGUCGGUUGCGUUUGUUUUUUAAUUGCGGUGUAUAUCAGCACUCUGGGCUACCUUGAAACACGCGUCAACACACCUUUUGACGAUGAUAAGGUUGUCAAAGACUCAGGCCUGCAGGUAGCAGACCGCUACUGGGGUACGUACAGACCUGGAGUCUACCUCGGGUUGAAGAGCAGGGAGCCUCGGUCUCCUGUGUUUGGUAUCAUGUGGUAUGAGUUGGCAGCAGCCACGCAUAAGGGGAUACGCCACUGGUGUGACCAAAACGACAAUCUAGACACGUACGGCUGGCUCCGCCACGAUGGGGUCACGUUCGGGGAGCAACUGAUUGUGGACAAACCCCACAAUAUCACCACCUCGUUCAUCAAGACCCCGGGAGGAGAACACGGGGGUCACUGGACAGCCAGGAUUAAUGUUACUACUAAGGGUCAUGCGAAAGUACCAUUCGUAUUGAUAUGGUAUGCUGCACUAGACGAGUCCUUGGGCCCUGCCGCCCCCCACUCCAGGCUGUGGUAUGAAGAUGGCUCCAUCUUAGGUCAUACUCCUCAAUUACACAACUUUAGGAUCAAUUUGGUGCCUCAGCAAGGCAAACUCCUCCACACUUCAUACUCCGAGGCGAAUGCACCAGGGCUUCAUCUUUUGAAGGAGAAACUCUAUUCUCUGCUCAAAAUUGAAAGACAUUCCAUGUUUGGCAAGCUAGCAGUACUUGGAGCUGAUGAUGAACUGCAUAUUAAGGAAAAAGACAUCAAUUUCGUCCCAAUCCAAAUGUUAGUGGAGACUCCGUUUUGUGUAGAUAUUGUGUACACGACAGAAGAUCUCUCAACACCUCCACUUAAGGGAGAGAAGUACGCCAGAGUUCUACAAGAGAAGAAGAGAGAGUUUGACGCGGAAUUUGAAUCGAAAUUCCGAUUGGAUGAAAAAGGCUACCCACCAGAGGACGUGGCAAUAGCCAGAGCGGCGUUAGCCAACAUGGUAGGGGGUAUUGGAUACUUCUUCGGCGCUGGGCGAGUCCAAUCACAGUAUACCAGGGAACCAGUGCCUUAUUGGAGGGCGCCGCUGUAUACUGGUGUGCCUAGCAGGUCAUUCUUCCCUCGUGGUUUUCUCUGGGACGAAGGUUUCCAUGGUCUCCUGAUUGGACGCUGGUCUCCAGACAUACAGAUGGACAUCGCAGCUCAUUGGAUGGAUCUCAUCAACGUUGAAGGAUGGAUUCCUCGGGAACAGAUCUUGGGAGCGGAGGCGUUAGCAAGAGUACCAAAAGAAUUUGUAGUACAAAGCAAUGCGGCGGCCAACCCACCAAUGUUGUUGAUCCAGCUCGCCCACUUCGUGAAGAUACGGCCGGAGCUCUUCGUGACUGGUUCUAAACACCGCGCCACGUUGGACAGAAUGUUCAGUCGGCUACAGGCAUGGUACCAAUGGUUCCAGACCACCCAGAAGGGAGAUGAGCCCACCUCGUAUAGAUGGAGAGGCCGAGAAGAUGAUGGGUUGCAGCUCAACCCUAAAACACUGACUUCUGGACUUGAUGACUAUCCUAGGGCGUCGCACCCUUCAGACAUAGAGCGUCACGUUGACCUUCGAUGCUGGAUGUAUGCAGCCGCUGACGCUAUGAUGACCAUAGCUGAUCUCCUACAGAGGGACUCUAGCAAGUAUGAAGCUACAAAAGACCAGCUGGGUGAUGAAGAACUACUUAACGAGCUCCACUGGUCUACUCAUACACAGACAUAUGCAGACUAUGGUCUUCACACGGAUGGAGUGAAAUUAGUUCGUCAACAGCCGAAGAAUCCUUCGGAGCCAGCGAAGGUGGUGAGGAGCGUCACAGUACCACCACAACCAAGACUGGUGACUUCGGCGUUUGGUUACGUCUCCCUAUUCCCAAUGUUAAUGAAGGUCCUUAAACCGGACAGUGACAAAUUAGGCAAGAUCCUCGAAGACUUGGACAAACCGGAGCUACUGUGGUCGCCUUAUGGUUUAAGGUCCCUAUCAAAAUCCGCGCCACUAUACAUGAAGAGGAACACCGAACAUGACCCUCCAUACUGGCGGGGCCAGAUUUGGGUCCCUAUAAACUAUCUGGCCCUGUCUUCUCUCAAGCACUACGCUAACGCCGGGGGCCCACACGCUGCCAGGGCCGCUGAACUGAACGGGAGACUCAGGGAUAAUGUUGUUCGUAACAUUCUAAAUCAAUACAAGAAAACAGGAUACUUGUUCGAGCAAUAUUCAGCAGAAGACGGUAAGGGAUCAGGGUGCAAGCCAUUCAACGGCUGGACAGCUCUCGUAGUACUUAUAAUGGCGGACGAAUAUUAA